CUUAAUGCACGGAUUUAUUGGAGAGAAUGGAUAGUGAAAGAAGAAUUUAAAUAUGAAAGAUUAAGUGAAUGUUUUGAUAACAUCCCUUACUCGUCUGAUUUGCCAUCAACAAUUACUUAUAACGAAAUUCUUCCUGCAAUACCUAUAAAUUAUGGUUGGGAUUGUUACGAUUUCGCAAAUAGUAUAAGGUUAUUACCUGGUCAACCACAAGAAAAGAUAAUAUAUCAUACAUAUUGGCGUACUGAUUUGAGACCUCUUGGUGAUAAGCAACUUGCAACUCUAAAAUCAUUCUUUGCGACACAAUCUUCUAAUUUUUCAUCUAUGAUUCUUUGGUCUAAUGGAGAUCUAUCAAAUAGUACUGUACUUAAACCUUUCUUUGAUCGAUACUCUGACCGAUUUGUCACAAAACUUUAUGAUGUUGAAGAAGAAAGCAAAGGAACACCAAUGGAAAAUUCAAAAAAUCUUCAGAUAGAAGACAGGCAUGCUUAUCUUGAUGGUGAUUUAAUACGACUUCUUGUAUUAUACAAGUAUGGUGGUGUUUGGUUUGAUAUGGAUUCCCUCUUUAUCCGCGAUUUUUCACCACUUAUGGAACACGAAUGGGUUGGCCAAUGGGAUUGUUUUUUGCCGGAAUCUUUUCCGUUCAAUGGUGCUUUCAUGAGAUUUAGAAAGAAUUCUCCUUAUGUUUGUGAGUUUUUAUCAGAGAUGGCUAAUGGCCCUGCACCAAGAAAAGAUUCAACAGAUUGGGGAUCAACUUUAUAUUAUAAAAUAUUUAGAAGAUUAGUACAAAAUGAGAAAAAACCAUUUAAGGCGGUUCCUUGGUGUUUUACCGAUCCUUCUGUAUGUCGUCCUAGUAAUUCAAUGCCCAGUGCAUUUGAUGAGGUAGAAUUUAAUCAAGAGAAACUAUUACAGGUAUUUGCUUAUCAUUGGCAUAAUCAAUGGGAUAAACCAAAAGGUAGUCUUUUUAGAUUCUUGGAACAAAGGCAUGAGGAUAUUUUGGGAUUUUAG